ACAAACCCAAACGUCGUUGUAGAAGUUCUCAAUUUGAGUGUUUCUUUCCAUAAGUUCUGGUAGAAAAUUCGCUGUUAAUUUAUAAUAGUUACCUACAUGGUGUUUUCUUAGCAAUGACUGCAAAUGAAGUGAGUGUCUGUGUUAAAAAAGAAUCACUGGAGCACAUUAGUUGUCCCUUUCGAGUCUCUUCUGGUGCAGAUAUUAAUAAAAAUAAUUUGGAAGAUAAGACUGUAAAAUCUGAAGUAGAUUUUGAGGAUUGUCCUUUAAACAAGGAAAUUAUUGACGAUGUAAGCAAGCUAAUACAUAAUUUCACCUACAGAAGGGGACGGCGUAAAGACUCAAAAAAGGCUGAAAAACCAUUUGUCUGUAAAUUUUGCAAUGAGAGUUUUGGUUAUAAGAAUGUUUUGCGAAUCCAUAUUAUUGGCAUACACAUGGAAAAUAAGCCAUACAACUGCGAAAUAUGCGGCAAAGGUUUUCCACAACGGUCGUACUUAGUAAUACACAUGCGGUCACAUACUGGUGAAAAACCUUUUUCUUGUGAAUUGUGCGGUAAGAGCUUUAGUAUUCGCGGUAUACUCAAGUCCCACAUGCGAACUCAUAGUGACGAGAAACCGUUUCAAUGUACACAGUGUCCCAAAAACUAUCGACAUAAUUCGGACCUUCUGAAGCAUUAUCGCGUUCAUCUUGGAAUUAAGCCCUACUCUUGUUAUAAGUGCAAUUCUAAUUUUAAUCAUAUGUCACACCUCAACAGACAUUUACAAGCACAGUCCUGCGUUACACUUUACAAAUGUGAAAUUUGCGGUGAAAGGUUUAGGAGUGAGCAUCAAUUGGAGCAACAUAUAAGGUAUCACAAUGGUCAUCGUCCAUACAAGUGCACCUUCUGUAACAAAGAUUUCACUUCAAGUGCUCAUCUCACACGUCACUUGGGCUCACACACUAACGUGCGUCCGUUCACAUGUAACGUUUGCGGCAAAGGUUUCCGAGAAAAUCACAAUCUAAAGAGUCACGCGUUGAUCCACACCGACAGCAGACCGUAUGCGUGUGACGUGUGUCAAAAGACAUUCCGACAUAAACCCGAUCUUACGGUCCACGUGCGUACGCAUACGGGCGAGAAACCUUACAAGUGUCUGGCGUGCGAUAAGUCGUUCGCGAGUGGGAACAGCCUCAGGAGACACGUACGCACUCACACAGGCGAAAAACCAUAUGAAUGCGAGGUCUGUUCGAAAGCGUUUGUUGAUAAUGGACACAUGAAAAGACAUUUGUUGACCCAUUACAAUAAAAAACAUUAUGGUGUCAUUUCUUGUAGGUAUCACAAUGGUCAUCGUCCAUACAAGUGCACCUUCUGUAACAAAGAUUUCACUUCAAGUGCUCAUCUCACACGUCACUUGGGCUCACACACUAACGUGCGUCCGUUCACAUGUAACGUUUGCGGCAAAGGUUUCCGAGAAAAUCACAAUCUAAAGAGUCACGCGUUGAUCCACACCGACAGCAGACCGUAUGCGUGUGACGUGUGUCAAAAGACAUUCCGACAUAAACCCGAUCUUACGGUCCACGUGCGUACGCAUACGGGCGAGAAACCUUACAAGUGUCUGGCGUGCGAUAAGUCGUUCGCGAGUGGGAACAGCCUCAGGAGACACGUACGCACUCACACAGGCGAAAAACCAUAUGAAUGCGAGGUCUGUUCGAAAGCGUUUGUUGAUAAUGGACACAUGAAAAGACAUUUGUUGACCCAUUACAAUAAAAAACAGUGAAAAAUAUAGGUAUCUCGUGAAGUACAAAAUUGAGGUUAUGAUAUACCUUCAAUUUCAGGUAAUUGUCCAGAAUUCGCUCCAAAAAUUUUUUCAUCAAUUUCAGAUCACUCUACAUAAUAGAAUUAGAUAUCAGA